AUGAUUCCAAACUCUAACCAGAAACCCCUGAUGGGCAAUUCCUGCUCUAAUUGCUCUGAUGACACAUCCAUUCUCCCAUCCGAUUCUACAAAAGUAAUUUUCAGGAAAGGCACUCGUGUUUAUUGGACCGGAAAGGGAGAAAUAUCAACAGCACCCACAUCUGACAUUCAAACUGCGCCAGAAAUUAGCAACGCUACCAUGAACCGAAACUCGACAUCGGAAAUUCAUUCGAGCAUUGGUGCUCCGACUGAAAAUGCUGAAUUUGUUACCGUUACCGUGAGAUCGGAGCGCAUUAGAGAGGAAAUCUGUCCCGAGGAAGGGCGGGGAAAUUUCAAUAUUAGGUGUUAUUAUAUGAUAAAGUUAGAGAAUGGGGAAGUGAAGAAGGUUGAAGAGGGACAGCUAAGUCGGAUAGCAAAGGAUCGAUAA